AUGGAACAAACAAUCGUGGAGGAACUUGGCCCCACGGAAAAGCAAGACAUUCUAUUCGAAGUCAACACCGCACUUAAACCUGAAGACAUUCCUCUUCCCAGGAGCUCCAUGAUAACCGUUCGAUUAUCCGAUAUACAGUCGCCGCCGGAGCUCGACUUAGAUGCUGAAGUAGAAGCGUCACCUCAGCCCUCUAUUCGACAAAGCAGCCCGUCCUCCACCCGUUCCAGUCGAUCAUCUUCCAGAACAUCCGAAAGCUCCGUCUCGAUACGUUCUGUGGACUGGGAAGGCCUUGAGAAGACCGAGGAACAAGAAGCAAAAGAUGAGGCCACCGAUGAGUCUACAGCCCUUUUGCUUGCACGACUCGAAAAAGAAAAUGCUGCCCUCGCGACUGAUCCUAAGGCUGGAAUUGCAACCACCUCUCGGCCUCGUAAAAAUACAAGGCCGCCUUCUAUACAACAGUUGAAGAGAAUGAUGGAUGGCCCUGUCAGACAAUCGUUGAGGUAUUCGAUGCUCCCGACCCCCGGAUUCACCGAGUUGGAGUUCUGGGCAGCUUUGGUCCAGGAUUACAAUCAGACGGUGCAACGCCUGCCGACACUCACAUCCAACAAGAUUCGAAGUGGUGUGCCAGCAAUGUUCAGAGAGCAUGUGUGGCCCAGCAUUGCACGAGCACGAGACCCAUUUCUUAUUUCUGAGUACCAGAGACUGUCCUUGGAGCCUAGCCCUUAUGAUGCUCUGAUUGGAAAAGACGUAGGGCGAAGCUUCCCCAAUGUCGACAUGUUUCGAGAAAAAGAUGGUGAAGGCCAGCGCAUGCUUGGGAACGUCUUGAAGGCCUUUAGCAUCUACGACGAAGAGAUUGGAUAUUGUCAAGGCCUUGGGUUCGUUGUUGGUCCACUCCUAAUGCAUAUGGGCGAAGCGGAAGCCUUUUGCAUUCUCGUCAGGCUAAUGGAGCACUAUGAUCUUCGAUCAUGCUAUCUGCCUGAUCUGUCAGGAUUGCAUCUUCGGAUUUACCAAUUUCAGCAGCUUCUCACUCGUCAUCUGCCAGAACUGGCAGCCCACCUCGAGGCACUCAAAGUCGAGCCACUCUAUGUGUCUCAAUGGUUCCUGUCAUUCUUCGCCGUCACUUGUCCUCUCCCAAUGCUACUACGCAUUUAUGAUGUAAUUCUGUGUGAAGGUGCAACUGAGACACUGAUGCGAGUCGCACUGUCCUUGAUGCAGCGCAACCAGAAGAAAUUAAUGUCUUAUACCGAGUUCGAGGAUGUCAUGCAGUUCCUCCUCGCAAGACGUCUGUGGGAUACUUACGCACAGCAAGCGGAUGAUCUUGUAACUGACUUUGUGUCAUUGACUGGACUUGUGAGCCCAGAGACACUACAGUCUCUCGAAACAAGCUUCAGACACUCACAAAAUCUGACGGCGGCGCCAUCACUCAAGAGUGCUGCGGCAUCUUUUCUUGGUCGAUUUUGGGCAGGUUCAUCCCACGCUCCUUCACGGUCUGCAAACUUGAGUCUACUGAUUCCCGGGAACAACAAAUCAUCUAUCCGAAAAUCCUCCUCGGGCCAGAGUAUCACUUCGACGGUCAAUUCAGUGGAUACUUCGGCCUCUGAAGCCAGUACACUAGCAACAGAGCUUUCCGACGAGGUCGCACCCAAAGCUGUUAUGUCGAACUUGACUGUGGUUGAGACCUCUGCUUCGCCUCCAAAUUCGAAUGACCGGGACUUGCACCACCAGAUCGAGGAGUUAUUGACAGAAUUAUCUAGAGUUCAACGUCAGCAUGUUGACCUUGCCCGGGAAUUGCAGCGAGAGCGAGAGGAGCGGGAAGAGGAUCGACGGUUGGCUCGAGCUCUGCUCGAUCGACUACGGCAACAGACUGACGACAUCAAAGAUUUAGCUGGAGACGAUGCGGAGGAGGAGGAUGGUGCGCUUGUUGGACUUCUGGACCAAGCGGACCAUCACCUCGGCUCAAAUGACUCUAAGCGCCUGUCCAUAGUGCAGUCGAAGCAUCAACUGCGAGAUGAUGUUUCUGAGUGGAAAGAAAAGCACGAAGCAGAAGCAGCCAAAUGCCGGGAGCUGAUGCGACAACUCGACGAGCGCGAAGCCGAGUAUAAUUCGCUAAAGGAAAGCCUAAAGGAAGCCAGGGCACGGAUACAAGAUUCACAUCGGGAAAAGCAGCGCCUCGAGCGAACGGUUUCGGAUUUGCGUUCACGGAAUAGCUCUACCCCCGAUUCACCUGCGGAUCUAUAUACGCCAGUGGAUGAGUUUCCCGAUCUCAAGCUGCCGGCACCGAAAUCUGGUCUUCGAGAGCUCAGAUUGGGCCGACCAGAGCCGCAGUCUCGAUCGUCAAGCGUUGGGCCCUUCUCGAAAAGAUCGAGCAGUCUCAACACCCAAGCGUUUCUGUCGACAGAGAAUCACGAGCCAGCGUCCAACGAUGCGCUUCUGAUCGAACUAGCAAAUGCCAAAACAGCGGAAGCGGUAGCCAGGCAGGAGCUAGAAGAGACCAAGGGCAAGCUUGAUGCUCUGCGAAAGAUCAUGAGUGGCUCUUCGUCCUCACCGGGAGUGCGCGUAUCAGAGUCGCCGACCUCUGCGACUUCUGCCAGCGUCAGCCCUGGCGCGAAGGACGCUCCCAAAGCCUCUCACACUGCAUCUGCGAGUACGGGCGGCUUCUUCAGCGGCUGGGGCAAACGAAGCUGA